UUUGGCGCGUGUCCGUGCGCGGAUAACCGAGGGACUGAAGUGACAAAUUCACGCGAACCCGGAAACCCUUGCAGCCAUCACCUCCCCUCCUCCCCUUUGCGCCGCCACUUCUCUUCUCUCUCGCCGCCCCCUCGAUCCAGCUAGCGGUUAGGGUUCCCGAAACCGGCGACCAUGGCGAACGAGCAGCCGGCGGAGACCUACACGGUGGAGGAGCUCGUGGCGGUGAACCCCUACAACCCCGACAUCCUCAACGACCUCGAGGUCUUUGUCAACGACCAGGUUUCUUCUAAAACAUAUAACCUGGAUGCAAAUCUCAGCCUUCUACGCCUUUACCAGUUUGAGCCAGAAAGGUUGAGCGUGCAAAUUGUAGCCCGCAUAUUGAUUAAGGCUCUCAUGGCAAUGCCGGCCCCCGACUUCAGCUUAUGCUUGUUCUUAAUUCCUGAACACGUGCAAAUGGAGGAGCAGUUCAAGACGUUGAUAGUUCUUUCUCACUACCUGGAGACUGGUAGGUUCCGCCAGUUUUGGGAUGAGGCAUCAAAGAGCCGUAACAUACUGGAUGUUGUACCAGGUUUUGAGCAGGCAAUCCAAAGCUAUGCGAUUCAUGUGCUUUCCUUGACAUACCAGAAAGUUCCUAGGCCAGUUCUAGCCGAGGCCAUCAACAUUGAAGGGCUUGCGUUGGACAAGUUUAUGGAGUAUCAUGCUGCAAACUCAGGAUGGGUCAUUGAGAAGGGAUCACGCUCCCAACUGAUUGUCCUUCCGCGCAACGAGUUCAAUCACCCCGAACUCAAGAAGAACACAGCCGACACUGUUCCGUUCGAGCACGUGACCCGCAUAUUCCCCAUCCUGAGCUGAUUCAGCAACCAUGAUCAGAUUGACAUCAAGCACUUUUGUCGUCUCGGCUGCACCCAGACCCACUGAGGGGGUUUAAUAGAAUUUGAGCCAGUGAAGAAGCUAGUCUUGGCAAUUGUAUUCUCUCUUGUAUGGUGUACCGCAUUUUGAUACACGAGUACCGGAUGCGCCUGUUUUAGCUAAAUGAGUACCAGAUUAUGUUUUCUUAUGCA